AUGGGCAACCGGUUAGCUUGUUGUCGCCAAACAUGGAUAGAAUUUCAUGAUGAAAGUGAAGAAGACUGCAAGAAUCACUCAUUACCCCGAGUUUUUGGUCACCAGAAUAAUGGUGCUGAUUUCUCUGAAGAGGAUAGUGGAUUCAAAAUUGAAAAUCGUGAACCCUGUGUCAGUUGUACACGUAUUAGCAUACCUGAGAAACCUUCUGUUGCAUAUAAUUUAACACAACACAUAAGUGAACGGGAACCAGAAGAUGUCGAGUUUGACCCAUCACUUAAUGCCUCACAACAUACACUGUUCCUUUCCGGCAUUACACCUGAAUAUCAGAUAGUAGGAUUUUCCAGGGACCUGACGCCCAAGUCUAGGAAAGGGGCUCCUACAACCCUUUCUAUUAAACGGUGGAGUUCUUGCAGUACUAUAUAUGUUGGGGAUGGCUAUCUGGCUCGUCCUGAUGUGAAUGACAUUGUAUGUAGCGUGUCAGUGGCUAUUCAACUUCUUAUGUGCAGUGAUCUAAACAAACAUUUUUCAAAGCUGUUACAUAAACCGGGUGUAAAUUCAUGUCCUGACUUCCUGCAGGAUAUGUAUGAAGAGGUGUAUAGAAAUUUUGAUGAACGAGUCUACCCCAUUGAGCACCUCGUGUAUGAUGAAGAUGCAAAUACCAAUACUAUAAAUGAUUGGAAAUCUUCAACAGCCUAUCAUAUUCGACAGUUUCUGCGUCGUCUUUUCAGCACAGCCCUAUUGGGACCCGAAUGUGCUAUUGUAGCCCUUAUAUUUCUUGAACGACUUAUACUUGGAGCCGAAGUGGCUAUGACAUCAUGGACAUGGCGUCGUCAACUUUUAGCUUGUGUUCUUCUUGCUAGCAAAGUUUUAGAUGAUCAGGCUGUAUGGAAUAUUGACUAUUGCCAAAUUCUCCGGGAUAUCCAUGUUGAGGAUUUGAAUGCUUUGGAACGACACACAUUAAGACUGUUACGGUUUAAUAUCAAUGUACCAUUUGGAGUAUAUGCCAGAUAUUAUUUUGACUUGUUAACCGUUGGGGAGAGCGCUGGAGUCGCAAAUCAAGCUGUUAAACGAAAACGUUUAACUCCUGAAAGAGCACGCAACUUCCGAAUAUUACCUACUAAUUUGGAAAUAUGUACAUCGGACAAAACAUUAUUAGAUCGAGGAUUUCUUUUUGACUUACCUUCUUUCACAAAAUCAGAAGUAUUGUGCAAUAAGAAAGAGAAACAAAAGCGUAUUACUAUUCAGAAAUCAACAGAAGUUAAGUGCUACAAAGACGGUAAUCAUAAAAAGUUCAUUAAAACCCCUUUUUUAAGUCGAAAUCAGGCAACUAACCAUGAAAUUAACUUGUCCAACCCAAAGUUUGAUCUUAUGCUUGAUCAUGUAACAGUUCCUGUUGAUAUUAAUUAUCAGUCUUUCAAUAAUGUAAUUUCCGAUGAAUCGUUGGUUCCAAUCCACCUAGAUGAAGAAACCGAUUUUGUAAAUUCUACUCCCCCAACUUAUUCAAAGUUAAGAGAUUUUACUUGUCAGUCGAAACAAUCAAAGACAAAGUACUCUUACACAGACCAAGAGCCUUCUAACCAGUUUCAUCCCUUAUUAUUAUCAUCAUCUUUGAAUUAUCAAAAAGAAACAGUUCCUUGCACGAAGCUUCUGAUCAACUCCUCCUGUAAGCCUUUCCAAACGUCAGCUUGUGUUCGGAAUUUUAAUCCACCUUGUUCCUUAAAUGAAGCAACAGGUGUAGAUCCCAAUAAUGUAACCGAUUCUCGUAUGAGAACAGAGUUUAUGCGAUCUCUUAUGGGUGGCGAUGUAGCUUAUUCCUUAUUACGCGAUUCUGGAUUAUAUUGA